GUCACAUCUCCUUUUCUUUCACCGGCUGGUACCAAUUGAUAUAAGUAUUCUGCGGGACCUACGAUUAGAGGACCGAAUCCUUGCAUGCGUCCAACUUCGCCUCAAUGCCGCGCUGGCUAGCCGGCUCUGCUCAUGGCCCUCGCAUACCGUACAAUAAGUGAAGACUGCCGCCUGAUCCCCCCGUCCUCUGCCUGUGAGCGGGAUUUCAUCGAGGUCGCCGGGAGUGCAGCUGCUCUAAAAGGAAAUACGAAAACCUUGAAGGAUGGAGCGCCUCGGGUGGCUUAGCUGCAAGGGGUGUUGAGCAUGGGUGGACGGUACGGGUCUGUAUGCUGACACAUUUGGCACUGCUCGUCAGCCUCCAAUGAACAUCGUUGCGUGAACGCCGGACUGGCGACGAGGGCAGAUCCUACGGGUCUCUUGAACUCACUCGCUCAAUCAAUCAACGACGACAGCCUAUGCGCCAGCUCAUCAACGUGAGUGGUGGCUUCAUCUCUAGUUAUCUGUUCGUCCGACUCAUCUUUGCUCUCUCUCUCACCCGUUCAUACUCACGAGUUCCCGUAAAACGGGGCCUGGACCGAACGGACGCGGAAAUGGAUGGACAGUCGAGCAUUUCACUUAGACGAGGAAGAUGCGAGCGGGAAGCCCCGGCGACCGUGGCCUUCAAGUCACCUUCGCUCCAGGCCACAGGUGCCUGACACCAAACCAGACUCACUAUCGGCGGUCCUGUUCAGACGACUCCAGCGGAAAGCGUCGCCUAAUGGCAUCGAGCAGAAGAUUCCGGCCGUCUACCGUUAUUCACUCUUCAAUCCCAUUCUCUUAUGAACAUGCUUCUACUCUUUACCAAUAACCUCCUAGUCCUCUUCUUGUGUAAGGUCUUAGUUACCGGCCCUAUACUAGUUUUGGGGUUUACCGGAGCUCGCCGAUCUGUCAACGAGACGUUCUUGCUAGAGUGUCAUCAACGAGGUCAGCUGGAGUCAUCUUCUGUAUGAUGAAUCACCCAACCAAGUUCGCCACCGGCAAGCGUAUCCGUUCAUGGGACAAUCCCCCCUCUCUUGCUCCCUUUACGCCAAUGAAGACCAACGCAAAAUCACACUUUGACCAGCUCCCGGGCGCGCACGCACCCUCGGCCCGCAAGGCGCAAUCUCGGUGGGGCAUCUUGACUGCCGUAGCAACUGUCGGGCUUCUUCUCCUGUGGUGCAAGCCAAGCAGCCUGCUACUGCCGCCUACGCAUCCAUCUGCGGCGUUCCCACUCUCCACUCGUCUCGACCAGUGCCCGCAAGCCCAGCCCCUGGUCCCUACAAUGCAUGUCAAUCUGUGGACGACACUCAUCGCACUGCAUCACACCGACGCGUUCCGACUUCGGGCCGUUCAAGGACUGGGCGCGGCUGUGCGGAUUCCGACGGAGACGUUCGACGCGAUGGGCCCAGUGGGCGAGGACCCAAGAUGGUUGUCUCGCGCGCCUUUCCAGGUCCACCUCGAAACGGCAUACCCAAAAACACACGCGGCACUCUCACUCCAGCGAGUGAAUACUUAUGGAUUGGUGUACACCUGGAAGGGUUCGGACCCCAGUUUGAAGCCGUUGCUGCUUAUGGGACAUUACGACGUCGUUCCGGUUGCUCCAUUGAGUGUUGAUCAAUGGACGCACCCAGCGUACUCAGGCUACUUCGACGGUAAAUCUGUCUGGGGAAGGGGUAGCUCGGACGAUAAGAGCGGCGUCAUUGGCAUCAUGACCACCAUAGAAACCUUACUCGAGCACGGGUUUGUGCCUAGACGCUCAAUCGUACUUUCGUUUGGCUUUGACGAGGAGGGCGGUGGUUUUCAUGUAGGCAGCCCGUCGCAGUGGGGCAUCGUCGUCUUAUACCUCGUCCAGGGCGCAGGGCAUCUCGGUCCAGCUCUAUUGGAGCUCUACGGCCCGGACUCUUUUGCGAUGAUCGUCGAUGAAGGGUCCGGCUUCAGCGAUCAGUAUGGCUCCAUAUUCGCUGUUCCCGGGGUCGCCGAGAAAGGCUUCGUCACUGUCGAACUGGAAGUCAAAACCCCUGGUGGUCAUUCAAGCGUACCACCUGAACACACGAGCAUCGGCAUCCUCGCUGCGCUCAUCGUUGAAUUGGAAAGCAAUCCACCUGCGGCCAAGUUCGAGACAGACAGCACAUUCUUUGACAUGACGGUGUGCUAUGCUUCCCACGGACCCGACAUCGACACCGGCUUGCGAGCGGCAAUCCUGGCGUCGCCCCGCAACGAAUCUGCCCGUGCAGAAGCGGAACGGAUCCUGUCCAAGGACAAGACCUUCCGGUCGCUAUUUGGGACAACGCAGGCGGUGGUUAUCGUGAAUGGAGGUGUGAAGAGCAAUGCCCUACCAGAGCAGGCGGCCGCUUAUAUCAAUCACCGCAUUUCGACCAAAAGCUCUGUCGCCGAAACCGUCAAUAGGGAUCAUGCUAUCCUGUCUUCGGUAAUCGAGAAGUACUCUCUGGGUGGCAGUUCAAUUGAGCUUCGAUCGUCUGGAAAUCUUGAGCCUGCACCAAUCACUUCAUCCAACGGCGCAGCUUUCGAACUUCUUUCAGGAUCCAUUCGAGCUGCGUUCCACGAGUGGCAUGACGAUGAGAUCUACGUUGCACCUGGAAUGAUGACAGGAAACACUGAUACACGCUUCUAUUGGGAUCUUACAAAACACAUUUUCCGGUACGGACAUACCAAUGGCAUCGGAAAGAUUGAUAAUGGUCUGGGGGGCAUUCACACUGUCAAUGAACAUAUGUCCGCCUCUGCCUUCAUUGAGAUGAUAACUUUCUUUACCACGCUGGUUCUCAAUGUCGACGAAUCUGUAUUGUAGUCUAUUCAGUGUCCUCUCUUCUAUGUAGAAAGAUAGUACUCGCGCAAAAUCACGCAGCACACUUAGGUGGCGUGCCCGAACAGACUGUGGGAUGCACUCCGGGAGAUGGCAAAUAACAGGAGUCACAGAAUCAAUUAUAUUUGUAGUAAUAGUACAUAGGCUACACCCCC